AUGGAUGGAGAGCGCAUUGCGCGACUGCGCAGUGCUGCUAGCUGGGGUGCCGCUGCAGAGCAUCAAGACCUACCAGCCCGCCUGCUUCAGCCUCGCGGACUACAAGGCGGUCCAGCCGUUCUUUCGGGAGGCGUUGCCGCCCAUACUCCGCGGGGUGUGCGUCCUGUGCAGCGACCCCAAGCUGCAAGGCGUGUCCUCGGAUUUCAUCGCCCUGGCCCUAGGCAUCGUUGUGCUGCUGCUCGGCGACGCGUCGCGGGAGCCGCUGGAGGCCGAGCUCAAAGUCUACAUACGCGUGGCCAAGCAGGCCUCGCUGCACGCCGCGUCACUGGGCCAGAAGGACGGCGGGCGUGCCGCAUCGGAGGCCACCCCCGGGGCGGUUGUCACGACCGCCUACCUCCUGGACCUGCUGCAGUGCCUGUGGCACCGCCUGUUCCGCGUGCCCGCUCGCUGUGCCGCGCUGCUGCCCGACUUCCUGGAGCUCCUGCACGCCCUGUCCGCCGCAGUCUUCCGGCAGCGGCAGAAGCAGCAGAAGGAGAGCCCGCCAGCUGCCCACCCUCUGAGGCCAUGUGGCUCGACGGCCUCUGCCAGGACACUGCCCAGGCCCGCGAGGCUCGGGGCACCUUGGAAGCCUACGCCCUGCACGCGGCAGCCGCGGCGCUGCGCAGCGCGGAGGUGGCCGCCGAUGCGGCCAGGGCGUCCCAGGCGCUGGAGAUUUUCGUGUUGUGGCUGGGCGACUCGCUGGCGGACGGCCCGGAUGCGUCCCCCGCGGAGGAGGAGGCGGCGGCGCGCUCGGACGACGACGAGGUCGUCGCGGCCGCGCUCGGAGGGGAGGGCGUGACGGGUGCGCCCGGGGAUCGGAGUCGCUGCCAGCGCCAGCAUUGGCUGUGGCUGCUCUUUCUGUCGCCCUUCCCCGCGGAGCUGGUGCACUCGCAGCCGGCGGUGACGCUGAAGUUCUGGAAGAUCGUGUGCGGCCUGCUGUGUAAGCCCGGGCAGUCGGGCAGGCAGAGCGAAAUGCAGCUGCUGCACCUGGCCCUCGUGGUGAGCAGGCUGUGCAAGGAGCUGGUCCCCGCCCUGGACAGCUCGCAGGCAGUCUCGGAGACAGAGGAGAAGCAGAUACUCUAUCCGCAGUUCGCUCUGCUGGUGCCUGCCGUCACCUCUGCCUGCACCGUGCUGCAGGGCGUCUGCGGCGGGCCCGCCGGCCGCGCCGCGCCUCGCCGCGGCGCGGGCGCGAGGGCUGCGGCGAGGCAGUGCCUGGGCAGGGUCGAGCUGGCUCUGUCCAGGGGCCUCCAGCACCCGAGCCCCAAGUUUGGGUGCGUGCUGUUGAUUCUCCUUCUGGCCCAGAGCCUGCUGCAGAGCCCCGCCUGCGUGGUGCUCUGCCCCGUCGUCCUGCCGGCCCUGGCCGCCGUCUUCACGGCGCCGGGCGCCGGCGCCGCAGCCCUGGACGGCGCCUGGGGCGCCGUCGCGGCCAUGCUUGCCGCGCAGCAGGCGGCGGCCGGGGCGAGCUUCACAGGAGCGACCACGCGGAUGGUGAUGAGCGUGGUGCUGGCGGUGCUGGGCUGCAGCAGCCACCGGCCCGGGAGCUUCGACGCACACACCGCGGCCAUGGCGCGCUGCCUCGUCCAGGUGGCGCGCACCGACGCACGGGGCGUGAAGGCCGAGGUGGCCGCGAUGACCCCGGAGAGGCAGGCCACGAUACAGCAGCUCCUGAGAGAUCACAUGUCUGCCGCGGGCGCCGCCGGGGCAGGCGCGUCCAGCGUUGCCGCCUCCGCGGGGCCAGGCGCCGCGUCGAAGAUCUCCUUGAAGCUGAAGUUCUAA